AUGAGCAGAACAAGCUUGAGACUCCUGCAGGGAAUGCAGCAGUCCUUCUCCACGAAGACCUGGACACCCAAGCAAGCUCCCCCCGGCUUGGUCUCUUAUGAGUGCGAYGGAGCCAGGGUUCGCUUGGCUCUGCGGUGGGACCCCCAGGGGCAGGGGCUCGCCCUGGGCCGGCGGUCGCUGCACCUGGGCAGCUGCCCCCCAUCCACCAUCGACAGCCAGCAAGGUCUCCUGCACUUCCAGUACGAGACGAAGGACUGCGGCUUCUCCCRCCUGGUGUCUGGGGAUGUGGUGGAGCACUUUGCAGACCUGCGGUACUGGCCACCCUACAGCAAGGGCAGCUCCCAUUCCAGCCCGUUUGUUGAGAGUAUCAGUUGCAUCAACCAUGGGCACUUCCACCAGCCCCUGCAGAUCUUUGUGGAUGCGUGUGUGGCCGCUGCGACACCAGAGCUGCGCAAGUCCCGGAGGAGGUACCCUAUUAUCACAAAUCAUGGAUGCCUUGUGGAGGGUAAGGUAGCAAACUCCUACUACUUGCCAAGAGCAACCCCUGAAGUUCUCCAGCUCUCUUUGGAGGCCUUUGAGUUUGUUGGUGCAGGCUCUGGUAUCUACCUCCACUGCCAAGUGCUUGUGUGGGACCCCACACUACAUGCGGAUGCCACCAGGAAGGCCUGUUCAUUUCACAGGAAUAUGGGCAGGUGGGAGCUCCUGGAUGACCCCUUUGCAAACUCUGUGUGCGACUGCUGUGACCACCACUGCCCUGGCACCAGCUCUCGGGCCAGGAGAGACACACACCAUGAGGACCCCUUAGCAGCCUGGAAUGAUGAGGGCCUCUUGGAUGAAGACCAGCUUGUACACACCGUCUUCGUCGGUCCCCUCAAAGUGCUGCGCCCAGCACCAGGGUCUGGUAGCACUACACCAGACCCCACCAUGCCUGCUGUGGUGGGCAGUCAUGGAGCCUAG